AUGGACCAUAUGGGACUAUCCAGUAGCCAGGUGGAGGAGCUCCUGCGAUCCGCAGAGCAUCGACUCGAAGAGAGCCCGGGUGAGCCAGACGCGCUCAAGAUUCAGUCAAAGACUUCAAACCCUAUUCCAGACAUCCCGGGCACUCUCAAGAGGAAACAGAUAGACAAUAUCGGACCCAGAGCCACCUUGGAGUCUACCAAGAGUAUCGACGAGACAGAUACUGCAGGCCCCGCAUGGUUCGAUCUUCCUAAGACAAAACUGACCCCAGAACUUAAACGAGAUUUCCAGAUCUUGCGUCUUCGGGGCGCCUUGAACCCUAAAGUACACUAUAAGAAAUCUGCUUCAAAAACUCUCGUACCUCGGUAUUGCCACGUGGGCGAGGUCGUCGAAGGCUCCGCAGAUUUCUACAGUGCUAGGCUGACAAGGCGAGAGCGCAAGAUGACUUUCGCGCAAGAGGUGCUUUCCACCAGCGGCCUGAAAGCUCGGUCCAAGUCAAAGUAUUCCACUAUACAGGAAAAGAAGAUGAGUGAUUUCGCCUUACGAGCGGCCUACUACCUCAAACUUCCCGCCUUUGGACCUGUUCCGUUGCCUCGAAUCACCGAACGAUGGACUGUGCCCCGAAGCAACUUCAUUUUCAAGAAGUCCCAAGAAAAUUUCGAGAGAAUCACCGUUCGGCGGUUAAUACAAAUUCGCGAUGGGAACCCUGAAAGUGUACAAAUAUGGCUGGCGUUCUUGCAGAAACACGCUUACGCGGGGGUUGGCAUGAAGGCAAAUCUCUGGGAAUUUGGCAAACUUGCGGCCGGUGGCGACGCGGAAUCUACCAUAUCACAGGAGUUGGAGGAGAGGUGGAGUCAUCUUGGUCUCGAUCGCUCGCUGGGAUCUGCGGACGCUGUGGAGGAGUUACUGAGGAGCCGACGAUCCAAGACAAUGGGAUCCUGA